UUUUAAUCCGAUCUUUUCAAAUUUAUCAUAUCAAACAUGGCUACCGAAAUACAAAACAUGACUCGAUAAAAAUGAAGAAGAAUAAGCAAGUUGUUGCUGACUCAACAACGUUUAUGAUUUCUCAUUAUAUCGUCUGUUCUUCCGUGGGACGCAACUACUUAACCUGUAACGUUCACUUAUAAUAAUAUUGUAUUUCGAAUAAUCAUGUGCAAGGAUCAUGAAACUACGCUCGACGAGAAGAGUUCGAAGGAGAAAGAAACCAUGGAUUCAACGAACGAAGGUGUUAAGAUUCGUUAUCAGAAAGAACUUAUAUACAACAAAUUGUUACCAUAUGUGGACGAGCUGGAAUCAGAUUCCCAAGCUCUUUUGGCCGAAAUUAAAGGAAAUUUAGGACGAGCGAUUAUGCUUCGUGAAUUACAACCCGGUUGUGUUCUGUGGGUCAUUAGGUUGCACGAGUACAUAAAGAUAUAUGGCUUAAAAUUCAGUAAAGAAGACCAUAUUCUUUUAAUAAAACUAAUGUAUGAACUAGUUACAAUUCCAGAUUUAGAACCGUAUUUAAUGAAUGGGUGUUGUUUGACAUUAAUUUCUUUAUUAAAGAAGAAAUCAUUAAUACCUCCAGAAGAGUUAGAACUUCCAUGGAAACCUCUUUACAAAUUAGCUUGUCACGUGCAAUCAACUGUACAGACUUCAUUGGGAAUGUAUCGUUACUCUGCUGGCUUAACAGUAACAUUAAACAUACUUAUACAUGCUGUAAAAGUUUAUUUUCCUUUGAGUGCAACGCAGGAGAUAUUAGAUGAGUUGAGACCAAUGCUUUGCCCUCUUGAUCUUGCACCGAUGUCUAUGAACAUGGAAAAAUUAGAAUCGUUCUUGCCAGUACAAUUACCUCCCAAAUAUCAUUCGAUUGGACAUGAAUUAUGGUUCGAUGAAUUCAUGUCUUUGUGGGAAGUUUGUAAUAAUGCGCCAAAAUGGGAGAAUGAAAUAAUGAAUUUAAUGGCGACAUUAGCUUCUGAAAACAUUGGGUACAUCAACUGGGAACCACAUAUUCCAUUGAUGUUCACUAGAUUUGUGAGAUGUUUUGGACUACCCGUGUUGUACAAUAAACAACAAGCGUGCAACUAUCAUGAAAUAGAUACAUCUCCCAUUGCUAUAUGGAUAGUAUCAGUUCUGGGACACGGUUCAACUGCACAAAUGUAUUUUGAAAAAUUCUUGAAAACCAUAGAUACAUAUUUUCAUCCAGCCAAUACUGGUCAAUGGUUAAGGAAGUUAAAAGAACUUCUUAUGAAACUUUCAUAUCAUUUCAUUACACGUUUACGCAAAGAACGUUAUCCUAAACCAACAUGGGAAACACCUGUUCCCGAUGAAUAUAAGCUGACUGAUGACGAUAUCGAUGCAUUUGUCAAAAGUAUGAUGCCAGUAGCUAUGACAGCCACAUUCUGCAAAACAGGUUUCAGUAAUUCCUCCCAAAUUUUGCAACACCUGGCAACUAUGAGGCCUAGCUUAGUUAUUCCAGACGUUUUAAACAAAAUAUCUUCUGUAUUGGACUCACUCACAACUGAGUCAUACAAAUUGUAUACUUCAUUAAGUUAUAUGGAAGCUAUAGCUGGACCAAUGGUAGAAGGAUCUAGAAACGUCAAUAAAGGAUAUACUUAUCCCGAAGGACCUGCACAUGUUCUACCGUUACUAUUCUUGCUUUUACCUGGCAUUAAUCCAAGUGACACGCAAAAGUGUUUUGUAAUUUUCCGCUUAAUUUCAUUUUAUGCUUCUUUUAUACCCGUCAUGGAGCCUUCUGAAGUGCCCGCGAUAAUGGACGAAGAGGAGGAAGCAUUAAUUUAUGAGGCAACAUCCAAAUUCGAAGACUUUAUCAUACAAUUUUUCGAUAGAGUAUUCUACUUCAUAGAUUCCACCUCCUUGGAAUCAGUACGACUGGAAAGCUCUGCCGACAAUGGCAGAAGUAAAAUGGAAAGAGUUACCGAAUCCGUGCUUAAAGAAGUUUGCACGGUUUUAUUAAUUCAGACAAACGAUAAAAUCUUUGAGUGUGCUUUACACAAGUUGCGCACUUUCGUAACUGAACGUAUACUUGAAACGAAAGUUGCUGGACAGCUGGCUGCUCUUUUAUGCAGGCUAUUCGCUCGUGUUAAUGGAAGAGAAACUUUGCGUUCGUUGUUACCGCUGCUUUCAGAGACUAUUUUAAAAAUCACAGGAGAGAACACCGACAUUGUUAAAGAAGAAAAUUUGGACAAUCGCCUUCUGUAUGCCAUGCUGUUGUUGUCUGCUAUCGUAGAUACGCCAGGGAAAUAUUUGCUGCCGCAUAUAGAUGUACUGAUCACUGUUCUCGAUCGCGUACUGAUUUUAAAGUCAAGGGAAGGGAACAAUUUAGCUGUUAUGUUGUUAAAGAGUAUUCUGUACUCGCUAUCUCAAGUUAUACCAUAUCGAUUUAAAUCUACCGAAGUUUUGCAUUGGGGCCAAAGAUUAGGUAUUAACACCAUAAAGGUUGAAUGGUACAUUCCCGGAAAAGAAGAGAUAACUGCAUUAAAGCGAAUAUUCUUUAAGUAUUUAUUACCCGAGAUAACUAAACUACAAAAAUAUUGCGAAGAUUGGAAUACGCUAUCAAGGGAUGAACUGCUGACUAGUUUAAACAUUGUAUGCGGUAUUGUUCAAGGUUGUGAAUCAGUUCUACCGAUAUGGGAAGAAGAACCAUUAAUUUUAAUAAAAUCAUCGUUAAAGUCAGUGCCUUUUAAACCGACGCUUGGUGCGCGUGAAGUAAUAACAAUGCCGGAUGGCAGUAAUGUUAGACGCUGUAUCGCAACACUUAUGAAUAAUUUUCAGAAAGUAAUAUUAAUGCACGUGGAGGAUGAUACGAAGAGUUUGCAAGUUCUGGUAGAGAUUUGGAUCAACCUUCUGUUGGGAGAAUCUUACACCGAUACCUGUGAAAUAAAGCAUAGACAUUUUAAAGUUGUGAAUAAAAUCUUCAAAGACAAAUUGGUAGGGAAUAAGGGAUUGCUGAAACCGUUCGUACUGCAACGUGCAAAUAUCCAACACGAGACUCGAAUACGUUCGCAAAAUUUUAACCUGACAGAAACCCAUAAAGAAAUUAUGCUUCAACUUUUCACGUUAUCCACCAGCAGAUAUCCUGAUGUGCGAUCGCAAGCUCAAUGCCAUCUCUUUCUCGCUCUUCAACAUUUUCAUUACUCUUACGUAUUUAUUGUUCCACGAUUACUUGAUAUAUUGAAAAUGGAUCCAGAGGAGCAUCACAACGCGUACAAGAGCGCUUUGUAUAUCUUGUUUGGUCCUUCACCAGAUCCUAUCAUUAUGAAAUGCGAUUGGAAACUAUUGAGAUCUUUAUGGCCAGCUUUAGUGCUCUCCAAAACAUCUGAGAAACUGUCUGUAGUACGACUAAGGGAGAGUUUAGUACAAACUGUAAACAAACGUUUCCCAACAGUUGCAAUUUCACUAGAAGUGCCAGAAACGUGUUUAACCGUUGCGUCUAAAUUAUGGACAACUCAGCCUCGACCAAAUCUGCCCCUGCCAACCGAAAAUGAAAUAAAACAAGGUUUGGAAGACUUUAAAGAGAUCGAAAGAACUAAUCUUACCUCUUACAAUGAGUUAGUGAAUGAACUGUUGAAUAUUCUUUUGGAAAAGAAUUUGUAUUGGAGGCAUCGGUUAAUGGCAAUGAGUUUUAUCCGAAAUUUAGUCCAUCCGCAUCAGAACUAUCCACCAAAGGUGGUUCGUUACUUCUUAGAAGCGUUGAUACACGAUUCGGUGCAAGAAAGGCAAAUCGCUAUUUCAGUAGUCGUGUACAUUUUGAAACAGCUGAAACGGAAACAUCCAAAAGUACUUAUCGAUCCUCCUGCUUUACCAGAAGAGAACGAGUCACGAAAUCAAUUUAAGAAGCUGAUACCGGGACAAAGACCAGACAACGCCUGGCUUCAAUACAAUUAUGAAACUCGUCCUCUCACUGCGGAACAAUGGGAUGAACCCAGAUUUGUUCAUAACGUGUAUACCGGAUAUUACACCUGGCCGGCGAAGAUAGAAAUAUACGCGCCAUCGUCUGAGCAGCCUUGCUUAGAUCCAGCUGUGCGAACCUUAACGGAACACGAGAAAGAGAUUGAUUAUUUUUUUAACGAUCCACAGAAUAUCGAAAAACUCAUAAGGUACUUUAGUCUCGAAGACAAACGAGAAAAAUUCAACUGUCUCAAAUUCCUUCUCUUCAAAGGGGUCUUUCGUAACCAUGGAAUAGUGUACUUAAAACACUUUUUACCGCAUUUGUACAAGUUGAUCGCGGACAAACAGAAGAGCAGCCAAAAGUACGCGGCUGAAAUAAUUGCCGGGAUCAUUAGAGGCUCCAAGCAUUGGCCAUUCGAUAUGAUCUGUGAAAUGUGGGACUGUUUGUUACCAGUUGUGAGGCUCGUAUUAACCAAUUUAACAGUGGAGUCUCAUAUGGACUGGGGCUUGUGCUUUGCGACUGCACAACGACACAGAGAUCCGAAUAGACACCAUUGGUUAUUGGAAUGCUUAAUGGAAGAACCGCACCUCGGUGAAUCGGAAUCGUCUUUCGUCGAAUGCGGACGUUUGCUUAUUCUGCAAGCUGCUCUCGAGAAACAGUCAUGGCGAGUUUCACAAUUAUUAGAGCGUCUACUGAAACGCACGGAAGACAGACUAAUGGCGAGUCCAUUCCAAAAUGUAAGAGGGAGAUUAGGUUCUGUUUUGGUGACAGUAUUUAACGCGAGUCUCCGGUUUCCCGAUGCCUCGGACAAUCAGUGGACGCAUAAAGUGGAGGAUUUAAUAAAUAGAAUAUUACCGAAAUUGCAGUCCCUUGUCACUGAAACCGACCUGCUGUACAGCAAGGAAGACCAAUCUUUAUCUGCACAAGUAGCAAAUGUUAACUUCAACGAUUCUUCGACCGACUCCGAGAAAAACGCUGAGGACCGUGAAAUAGCGAUCCGAUUAUUUAAGACAGUUUGCAAAUGGAUUUCGAUCACUGUCGUUCGUUCUCCGAUCGGUGUACAACCAGGAUUUUAUAAAGUAUUUCCAGUUAUAUGUCAACUGGAGAAUUGUGAUUCCGAUGAGGAAUUAGCCAAGUUGUGUACAUACACGUUAGCCCUGCUUGCACAGGCACUUACUCUACCGCGUGAUAUGCCAACAGUUUUGGAGGAAGUAAUAAAGAUGUCAAAGCAUACCUCGUGGUGGGCAAGAUCCACAUGCUUGCAAUUUCUUCAAGUAUUGAUAUUCCAUAAUAUGAGCACAUUUUUAAGCAACUCUGACUGGGUUAAUCACGUUAAGGACACGGUCUUACAUUUGUUGGAAGAUGAGCGCGUUGAAGUCAGAAAGAAUGCUGGUCAAUGUUUAAGCGGAUUGUUACAUUGUGCAUUUAUAACAGAUCAAGAGAAAUUAUUGGAAGAGUUUAAGAAGAAAGCAAGAACUAAAUCAUAUAGAAGAGAACGCUCGAAUCAGUCUAAGAAAACAACAGGAAAGGAAUUAACAGCUGACACUAUAAGAAUUCGUCAUGCAGCUGUACUAGGAUUGUGCGCAUUCAUUCAAGCUCAUCCGUAUGAUAUUCCUAAAUAUGUGCCGUCGAUUUUUGAAUUUCUCAGUCCUUACAUGAAUGAUCUACAGCCUAUAUCGACAACAAUUAGGAAGACCUUGGAUGAUUUCAAGAGGACGCAUUACGAUGGAUGGAGAGGCAUAAAUGGGUAUGCACAAGAUUUCACCGAAGAACAGUUAACUGUAUUGCAAGAUCUAACUAUGCCUCCACCCCAUUAUGUUUGAUAGAAAUAUUUAAAUUUGUACCAUAUGUUUUUUAUGGUUUUAAUAGAAUUUUUUACUUAUAACUAGCACGACGAUCAUAAAACAUAUUUCAAUCAUCAAUGGAUCAUAAUCAAACAAGCAAUGGCAAAAAAGAUUGUGGCAAUAACAAUGUAACAACUAGUUGUAUAACAUUUAGAAAGUAAUAUAAUUAAUUGGUGCUGUGCUGUGAAGACAUAAUACAUUUAUUGUAAUUUAUUUAUCUCCAUGAAAAAGAAAUACAAACUGAAAUUAUCUGUUUUCAAUUAAAGCUGUGAAAGACCAAGUACUCGGACUGUACUAGUGUUAAAAGGGAUUUAAGAAAUGUAAAGUUUGUACCAACUAUUAAUUUUAAAUUGAUGUAAAGAUGUUACUUAUGCUUGUGCAAUAUCAAUACAGUUUUAUCGAAAGAUGAUCGAUUAAAUUCCCUUUUUUUUAUAUAUAAAACUAAAUACUAUGAAAACAAAUUUUUUAAAUUAAUUUAAUAAAAUUAAAAUACUUGAACAACCAUUGUACAUACUUAAGCUUAAUUUUAUUAAAGCUAAACUCUGAGAACAAUUAAUAAAAUUCCGUGUUCAUAAAUUACU